CAAAACGCAAGCGAUAGCCUCUCCUCACAGAUCUAAAAAGACCUCCUCCUCGUUCAUACAUAAGAGAGAAACGAAAGAGAGCCAAAUCACUCUCCCCCUUUAUAUAAACACCCAUUUUACAAAAUCUUUUUUCCCUCUCCAAUCCUUCAGAUCUGUAUAUAAAAGCCUCACCUCUUCGUUUUAUUUCGCCAAAUCUCCACGAAACCCUAGAUUUCGUGUCGGAAUCUCUAAAAGAGAGAGGCAAAUGACAGAUCAAGGAUUGGAAGGGAGUAAUCCAGUGGACCUUGCCGAGCAUCCUUCGGGGAUUGUGCCUACUCUUCAGAACAUUGUGUCAACGGUGAACUUGGACUGCAAGCUUGAUCUUAAAGCCAUCGCUUUGCAAGCUCGUAAUGCUGAAUACAAUCCCAAGCGUUUUGCUGCUGUGAUCAUGCGGAUUAGAGAACCAAAGACUACAGCAUUAAUUUUUGCCUCUGGUAAAAUGGUUUGUACUGGAGCCAAGAGUGAAUACUUUUCAAAGAUGGCUGCAAGAAAGUAUGCUCGGAUUGUACAAAAGCUUGGCUUUCCUGCAAAAUUCAAGGAUUUCAAGAUUCAGAAUAUAGUAGGUUCUUGUGAUGUCAAGUUCCCUAUCAGACUUGAAGGUCUUGCAUACUCUCACGCCGCUUUCUCAAGUUACGAGCCUGAGUUGUUUCCAGGGUUGAUCUACAGGAUGAAAGUACCUAAGAUUGUGCUACUAAUUUUUGUGUCUGGCAAGAUAGUCAUCACUGGAGCCAAGAUGAGAGAGGAGACUUACAAAGCCUUUGAGAAUAUAUACCCGGUCCUCACAGAGUUCAGGAAGAUCCAGCAAUAAGUGGCGAGAUUGUGCUUUGCAAAGCUAAGUUGUGUGGUGUUUUAGCACCUUGGAGCUGCUUAACCUGCUGAGAAUUUUGUCCUUGACGAAAGGCGCUCGAAGUUCUUUUGUAUUACUGUUUAAGAUUCUAAUAGAACAUUGUAAAUACUCAAAUGGAGACAAUUUUUCUGUUGUUUUUCUGCUCCAAGAUCAAG